GUCUCUUGGUGACGCUCUUUUACAGUGUCUGACUCGAGGAUGCUCGUGUCUCUCUCUAUCUGUGUCAGUGGAACUAGAGUAUUGGGUUAGAGCCGAGAGCUGUGUAUGGGUAUUUAUGUGGGAGAGAAGGAGAGAGGGAGACUGAGUGUGGGUGGAUGUGUGUCUGUGUGUACACGCAGACACACACGUAUGAGUGAGUCGGUGAGAGAGAGAGAGAGAGAGAGAGAGAGAGAGAGAGAGAGAGAGAGAGAGAGAGAGAGAGAGAGAGAGAGAGAGCAGUGGUGAAAUGGGGCUAGAGAGAGAGGAAACCGCGCUGACAGCUUCCCUAAUAGAGCAUGAUUAAUUCAGCCAGAGAAGCAGGGAAUCGUUGGAUCACCGCAGCCUUUUUAGAUAGAAUUUUUGCUGUUUAAAUUCAGAUUAAGCAAAAAUGUCGACAGGAUUUUUUUUCCUCAAAGCGUGUUUAAAAAUGGACCAUCGAGCAAGCUUAGAAUGGUGGCUGCGUUUUUUAUCCCUUGCCCUCCUUUUCGGUGUUUCGUCUGGAGAAGUUCGUUACGUCUUACCCGAGGAGAUGCAGCGGGGAUCAGUUAUUGGGAACGUUGCGCGGGAUCUGGGGAUGAAAGUGUCGGAGCUUAAUGCUCGUCGAGCCCGUGUUGUUGCAGAAGGAACGAGCCAGCUGUGCGAACUGGACGCUGCGUCAGGAAAUCUAUUGAUCAGCCAGCGGAUAGACCGAGAGGAGCUAUGUGCGCAAGCCAGUGUCUGCAUCUUGCAGUAUCAACUCCUACUGGAAGAUCCCCUUCAAGCAUACAGCUUAGUGCUGGACAUUACAGAUAUAAAUGACAACAGCCCAGUCUUCGCUGCAGAGGAAAUAAAACUAGAUUUAGUCGAAUCCACAGUUCUGGGAAGGCGCUUUCCUCUGGAGAGCGCACAUGACCCCGAUCUGGGAACCAACUCUAUCCGUGAAUAUAAACUGAGCCCGAAUGAUCACUUUGCAUUGGAAAUGAGUACUCAAAUAAACGGCAAUGCCUAUUUGGAACUAGUUCUCAGAAAGCCAUUGGACCGGGAGGCACAAGCUGAACAUAUAUUGAAAAUCAAUGGGAUUGACGGGGGGAAUCCAGUCAGAUCAGGAACUGCGUCUAUAUAUGUCCGUGUUUUGGACGCCAACGACAAUGUCCCAGUUUUCAGCCAGCGAGUUUAUAAAGCUUCUGUGCUCGAGAACUCGCCCACAGGGACUCUCAUAGCAACACUCAAUGCUACAGACUUGGAUGAAGGUGUUUAUGGAGAGGUGUCUUACUCCUUCAGUCACCUGUCAGACAAGAUGGGAGGGGUUAUCGAAAUCAACCCUCUGAGUGGAGAGGUUCGUGUGGCAGGUCCCAUUGACUAUGAGGAUGCCAGUACACACGAGCUGGAUGUUCAGGCCAAAGAUGGAGGGGGUCAAGCCUCUCACUGUAAACUUGUAAUUGACAUUAUUGAUGUAAAUGAUAACAAACCUGUGAUCGAGAUUAAGUCAGCCUCUGCCAACGUGGCUGAGGACUCUAAACCGGGAACUAUGGUUGCUUUAAUGAAUGUUUAUGACUUGGACACUGGGAACAGUGGUCGUGUCACGUGUACUAUCGCUGACGAUGUCCCAUUUAAGUUUGUAUCAGAGGUCAAAAACUAUUAUAUGCUAGUGACUGAUGGGGUGUUAGACAGGGAGUUUCAACCAGAAUACAACAUCACAGUGACAGCCACUGAUGCAGGCUCUCCCUCACUAUCUACAGUCAAAGUUUUAACAAUUGUGGUUAACGAUAUCAAUGACAACCCCCCAACUUUUACACAGAGCGUGUACAAUGCCAACAUCUUGGAAAACCAACCCGUUGGCACGUUUGUUAUGAAGGUCAAAGCAGAGGACAAUGAUGAGGGAUCUAAUGCUAAAACUGUGUACCAAAUAUCAAGGGACACAAACUCAGACGUGUCCUCCUUUCUUACGAUCAACUCAGAAACGGGGGAGCUCUUCACAUCACGCCUUUUUGACUAUGAACAAUCGGUCCACUUCCAAAUUAAGGUGACAGCUCGAGAUGGAGGCAGCCCUCCACUCUUAUCCACCUGCACUGUUAAUGUUUUCAUCAAAGACCAAAAUGACAAUACACCUGUUGUCCUCUACCCUGUCCAAACUUCUGGGUUUAUUGCCGAAGAUGUUGUGCCAUUUGAAGCACCCAGAGGUUACCUGGUCACUAAGGUUGUAGCUGUAGAUGCAGACUCUGGCCACAAUGCAUGGCUUUCCUACAGAAUAAUCAAAGCAACACAGCCUAAUCUUUUUACGGUUGGUCUCCAUACAGGGGAAAUCAGAACUGUGAGACCUUUUAUGGAGGACGAUGAAACGAAACAGUCUGUUGUAGUUUUAGUGACAGAUAAUGGUCCCGAUUCUCUCUCAUCCACUGCUACAGUCAGUAUAGUCAUUGGUGAUGGGCUGCCUGUUUUAAACGAACUCUUUGAGUUUGCAGAUGAAUCACAGGACAACGAUAAUUUAACGCUCUAUUUGAUCAUUGCCCUGACAGCAGUUUCCUUUCUCUUCAUCCUUUUAAUAAGCAGUGUAUUUUAUUUUAAGCUAUGUCGACGUAGUUAUGUUUACCGUUCAACCACCGCCAGUCUCCCUGUUUUCCCCACGGCCUACUGCCCCCCGAGUUUUACCGAUUUCAGCCGUUGUGGGACCCUGCUGAAAGAUGAUCGCUAUGACUCCUUCAUGACCACUGGGUCUUGGAGAGGUGACUUUCGUUUCAGCUCAAACACAGACACAGAUACAUUAAAACAAAGAAGUGCUGCCUAUCAGAAAAACACCCUAAGGCGUGCUAGUGCAGACAGAGCUAGUCUGAAGAUGAGGGCAGGUGGACCACAUCCAUGUUACGUGAUCACAUGAAGGUGCAACAAUCAGUCUUUGAAAUGUGCUGUUAAUUGAUUCCUGUGCGUAAUAUAAACCAGGGCCCCUUCACUGUCAAAUAUAUUUUAAUGGUUGUGAAGAAUUUUCAAAAAAAUACAUAUUGUGGUUGUCUAUGCCUACAAUGUGAAUGAUUUUUUUACACACGCAUGACAGUGUUAUCAAUAGAUCAACAUAUUUUGUAAAGCUCCUUGGGUUUUGACCUCAACUCUCUGCCCCAUGACCUGAUAUUGAUCAUAAACUUUAUCUUAACUUAAGGUACUAUCUGUCCUAUGGUUUGUUUUUGCAAAAGUAGUAUAAUAGUGUAAGUAAAACCAUUGUUACUCUUAUCUAUUUUGUUUGUGGUUGGUUUCAUUAGUGGUAAAGCUUGCUACAAACCUUAUACUCUAUUGGGACCUUUUGUGUUUGCCUGGCUUUAUCCUUUCUGUUCCUCUCUUCUCUGACUUUGUUGUUACUCCUUUUCUAUAUUGUCUUUUCUGUAUUUCCAUUGUAACUUCGCAACAAUUUUCACUUUUCUCUUUUCAUUCAGCCAGAUGUACAAUAUUUAUGAGCAGCACCAGUCUAGUUAUUUUUGCUCUGUUUUGAAGUAAAGAAAAAUACCAGAUCAUGCUUAGGGAAGAGGUAUAACCUAUUUCCUGCAUUUCAUAUGCAUUGUAGACCUUUCCUACAACUUUGUCACUGUGUCUUUUGAGCUACUGAGAGCCAUACAGAAAAUCUGCACCUCAAUAUUUAUCCUUUUGCGUUUUCUGUGGUGUGUACCUUUGCCUCUUUUUAAUGUUUAUUUGUAAAAAAAUAUAUAUAUUCACACAACUGUUUUUAUGUUUUGACUCAAAGGUCACCACAGCCAAGUUUGAUAAUGAUACUUUCUUUUGCCAGAAAAUAACAGCUUCAUUUGUUGUGUGACAGAGACCUUAUAAAAAGCUUUGCACUACAGCUGAAAUUAAUAAUAUGCAAAUGAACUAUGUCUGUGAUGAUAAAAAAAAUAAACUUUAAUAGAGAAUCUUGUUUUA